CAGUCACAGUGUGUUAGCAGAAUUGAACAUUCAUUAACAAUAAAUGAGAGUUUCAUCAAACUGUCGAAGCUGUUGGUGUCUAACAUUUGAUUAGAAUCUUCCACUUGAAUGACUUAUUUACACUGUUUUCUCGGUUCCACGGAAAUUAGUCUAUAUUUACAUCGAAUGGAACAAGAACUAAACUGACAAUUUUAAGAAAAUAACAGAUAAGUAAAUAGAUAUGGGAGUUACAGAGUGCUUAGUGUUAUGAACCAAUGAACAGUUGUAAUAAAAUAUAAGGGAAGAUUAACAUUAUAAUUUCAAGGAAAUAUUUUAUUCAAUGAAAAUGCAAAAUACUUCGGAACCUAAAGUUCGUGUCUAUCCGUCAAGAUUACAAGUUAUAUUUGACAAAAUUAAGUAUGAUUGUGAGGUAAAAAUGCUGAAAACGCCAAAUCUUUCUACAGAUGGUCCAUUUUGUCACAGAAUGGUUGACGGCUAUGGAGGAUGUUGGCCAGACACUCUACCUGGAAAAUAUGCCAAAAUACGUUGCCCUGAUAUACCAUUAUUGUUCAACAACAAAGCUUUUGCGUACAGAGAGUGUACAAAGAACGGAACCUGGUUUGUAAACUCAACAAACAACAAAAGAUGGGCAAAUUACACAGAAUGUAGACACACCGAUGAGAUCGCCGACGACACCAAAUAUAUUUACAUAUUUAUUGGCGGAUUUUCUCUCUCACUGGUCAUGCUCAUUGUUUCCCUCUGCAUCUUCUUCCGAUUCAGGCAGCUGAGGUGUGACAGAAUAACAAUCCACAAGAAUCUUUUCUUGUCAUACGUGUUCACAGGAAUUUCUUGGAUUUUAUACUAUGUACUUGCCGCACUCAAUGGUGAUGUUAUUGUUAGCAAUCCGAUAUGGUGUCAAGCGCUUCAUAUCCUUUGUCAAUAUUUCAUGGUGUGUAACUUUCUAUGGAUGUUCUGUGAGGGAUUGUACUUAAAUACGAUUAUGGUGUAUGCCUUCAGUUCCGGGAAAAUUCUAAUUUUCUCAUGUUACGCUAUAGGAUGGGGUCUUCCGGUAAUCUUCACCACAGUUUACGCAGGUAUAAGGAUUAGCGACCAACAAGCUUCCGUAGAUUGUUGGCUUGAUGAAAGCUCGUUACAAUGGAUUGUGUAUGGUCCGAUUGUUCUUUCAAUAGGAAUAAAUGUGCUAUUUUUAAUCAACAUCGUGAGGUUGUUGAUAACAAAAUUAAGGCAAAUGCCGGAAGCAGAUCAAACCAGGAAAGCGACCAGAGCAACGUUGAUACUUGUUCCCUUAUUAGGUUUGCAGUACCUGCUGUUUCCUAUUCGACCUGAAGCUGGAUCAGAUCUUGAGGACGUGUAUCAUAUAGCUGUGGCACUCCUUGUAUCGCUACAGGGCGCAUUUGUGUCAUUGAUGUACUGUUUUUGUAACAGCGAGGUAAUUCAGGUAUUACGGAGGAGAUGGAACCAGCAUAAACUGAUGCAUCGUAGCAGCAUGCGGACGUCGGCGAACCACGGAACCACAUAUACAACUAUGGAUCCCGUUACACAGACAAAUACCACAUAUUGUAGUACAACAGAUCAUAAAGACCCGCCGAUUGAAUUGGCAAAUAUUGAUGAGAAAAAAUAGCACUCGGGUGACAGCAGUCUCGUUUUAAUGGACAAUUACUGCUUUUCAUUAAUCAGCCUCAUUUUUCUUAAUGUUGCAACACUGAUGCGAAUUAGACAGGCUAUGAAAGUCAAGAGAAAUCACUCUGAGUACUAAAUACUGCAAGAAAACAAUAGUCUACAUUCAAUAUAAAACAACUGUAUACACAUCUUCCCUGUUUUAUUUAUUGCUUAACGGGAAAAUUACGACCAACUGGAUAAUAUUUUGUAAAAUCGUUGCAAUACUUAUACAAAUGUCUUUUACGUGAGAGAAUAUGAUAACCCUCAGUAAUUGAAAACAAGUUUAAGUUAUUCAGUGAAACACUAUUAUUCUUCUUUGGGACAGAGAAAA